AUGAAGAUCCUACUUCUUCUGGGGCUGGUGGUUCUAUCAGAAUGUUUGGUGAAGUAUGUAAUUUGCUGGCUUUCUUCAUCUAUCUAUUUUGCAUUUCAGGAAUCUUUUCUAUUUUCUAUGAACUUUUGGUGUGUUUUUUUUAAUGGGAGGAUAGAUCCAGUAAAAGGGCACGGCAUGAAGAAAUUGUAUUCUCAAUUUCAAUUUAAGAAUAGAGAAAGAAUUUAAUAUACCAUGUAGUUUUUUCUAACGUUUGCGCCUGUGUAUGUGUAUCUGUUAAUUUAUCAGCUCUCUAUCUAUAAUGUCUAUAAAAUGCAGAGUUCUAUGUAUAAUUAAUAUGCUUAUAGGCAUUACUCACUCCAAACAUCCAUCCUUAAAGCAAACGGAAUUAUUAUAUUUUUAUUUCACUCAGAAGAAGCACAAAAAUGUAAAUGUAUUUAGUUUUGUUGUUUAUAUUUGGGAUUUGUGUACUUGUAGUUAAGUAACCCUAAUUCUAAUUCCCCUAAAUAAUUUUUAAAAAAACACCCUUAGUUGCAGAAUAUGGGAAUUUCUGUAGAUACGUAAUUUAGAAAGUGUUUCUUACAGUAUUGAAUCAUUUGGCAAGCUUAUUAAAUCGAGGACUAUAAUUUAAUAAGAGAAGAGCAUAUCUAACCACUCAUAAACACCCUUAAAGCAAACGCUAGCCAUAUGCCAUAUAUCAUUUAAUUGGUAUUUUGAUUAUGCAAAGUACAAGCAUUUAUUAAUAAUAUAUCUACAUUUUUUCAGGGUUCCCCUGAGAAAGGGGGAAUCUCUCAGGAACCGUCUGAAGAGACUGGGACUGCUUGGAGAUUAUCUUGAUAAACACCCAUACAAUCCUGCCACCAAGUACUUCCCCGAAUUAGCUCAGGCCUCUGGUGAGCCUCUGCAAAACUACAUGGAUGUAAGUAACAGCUUAUGUUUUUCAGUCUAAAUUAAUAUGGCAUAUUGGUCACUGGACACUAAUUACAUAUCCCUGAACUGUAACGCACAUACAAUGCUUGUGUGUAGUUCUCUCACACUUUUUACUGCAAAUCCCUUUUUUUACCAGUUCAAUACCCAUGCCCUUCUUGACAAGUAUCUCUUCCAUUGUAUUUUAUUUCAAAUAUCAAUAAAAUUAAAGGGGUACUCCAAAUGCCAUGACCGCUUAAGUGUUUUGAAGUGGUUAAAUAUGCUUGGAGUUUGUAUGUGCAGUGCUUCAUUAUACAUAUACAAAGAUAUUUUAGAUAUAUUUUUAGAAAAGUGCUUGGAUGCUCUUUUGCAUAAACAGAAUAUAUAAGGAUAUAAUCGAUAUGCAUGUAAACAAGUUGUCGAUCCAAGGAGUAAUCUGAUUGCCAUUAUAGAAUUUUUUCCCUCUAUGUGGCAUAAUUUGAAAGGGCUACAAUUGGGGUGUUUGCUUUCUUUUGGAUCAAUGUCAUAAAAUAAUCAGUUUCAAGGUUGUACUUGACAGACUAGUUUGUUUUUUAACCUAGACAACUAUGUAACUAUAGUGCUGUUGGGCUACCUAACCAAAUGCUGUGCAUAUAUCCAUGCACAGAGGGUGACUCGGGGAGCUCAGCACCUGGCAGAGACCCAGGUAAGAAGGAAAACCAUUGCAAGCAUGGCAUCAGGGUACUCCUCACAUCAUAACCACUAUAACAGGCUAUAGUGGUUAUGAUGCUUGGCGUAACUAUUUAAACUAUAAACUAUUGUAGUCAUAAUAUGACUCAUACAUCAGUCUUCACAGUCUACUGUUUAAAAGUCGGAUACAUUUUUACAGGUAAUGUGUAUUUAUGUUUUUAGGCUUCUUAAGAUGUUUCACUUUCAGUUCUGUGCAAAUGAACCCAUUUUCAUAUUUCUGACAGAUUGAAUAUUUCGGCACAAUUUCCAUUGGCACACCAGCCCAGGAGUUCACUGUCAUCUUUGAUACUGGAUCUUCUAACCUGUGGGUUCCAUCUGUGUACUGCUCCAGUCCUGCAUGUAGUGAGUAACCUUCAAACUUGUUAGUCUUAAUUUGCAUGCAAAGGAGCAUAUUCACAUGUUCUAAAUGAGGAGUUCUAAAUCAUGUCCAUUUCGAGACUGAGGAAUCGGCUAACUUACUACUAACACAGCAUAUAAAAACUGUGCAAACACAAACAUAAAUCUACAUUGACUUCGAUGUGCACUUGGAUUUUGUUUGUAUCACCAGAGCCUGAUUGCCCAUUAGGUGACCAAGGCAGCCGACUAGAGCCCAGGCUCAGACAUGGGCCGUUGGUCCUCUGCCUGACCCUGGGGUUUCGACUCUGAGUGGGUCCUCCUUGAACCGACAGUGAGAUUAAAAAAAAUAAAGACCACUUUAAGGACACCCUCACGGUCCCCUGGCAUUUCUUAAUGACUGAGUGCGCUGGAAGAGUGAGAACACUCUUUAAGUGGUUGGUCAGCAAAAUUGGUGCGGAUAGGGAAGCUCCCCCACUUCACCACCAGUGAAGGGAAGCAGGAGGUGAGGGGAAAACAUACAUACACAUCAUCUAAAGAAGAAUUCUAUAUAUCAAAACGCUUGUUUAGCAGAUAUACCCCAGUUUACAUAGUAACUGAAGAUAACCACUAUCAGCUAACAUUUGAAAGGACUAUUUAUACAAUUUGUAUCCAGCAAAGAUUAUACAAGUUGCAACUAUUGUGGACUUUAAAACAACUCUUUUUAUAACACUGGAUUUAUUUUAUUGACCAGAACUUUUAACACUUCAUACCAAAUAAGGUUAACAAAUGGUGUAACAAUUGUGAAUGUUAAUGUAUAUAAGCAUUGAUUUUUUUAUGAGUAUUGAUCUUUUAAGAGUAUUGAUUUAAAAACCAAUUCAAAUAGGUUUUAUCAUAUUAGGUAUAUAUCCUAUAUUACUUCUGGAUAACCAUUAGGAUUAAUCUAAUACCUCACCCUUAAUACGGCUAUGUUUAACACUCAGAUGGUUUAGUGCCAAACUAAGAAAUUAUUUUGCUUUGCGCACCCUUUACGCACUGAGCAAAGUAGUGGCUGAGUACCUUUAACUAGAGGAAGAGUUCUACAGAUAUUUAAAGUUGUGGAAUGCUCACAUCCUCCCCAGCAUAAUAAGCUUUGUAACAUUUUGCAAGUAUACAAGAUCCCUGACAUUUUUCUCUUCUCUUAAUAGCCAAUCACCACAUGUUUAAUCCACAACAGUCAUCAACAUUUCAAGCCACUAACACACCACUGUCUAUCCAGUAUGGUACCGGCAGCAUGACUGGCUACUUGGGAUACGACACAGUGCAGGUGAGAAGGAACAUUCUGUAAACUGGGACAUCUUGAAACUAAUAUAUUAUCAGAAAAUCGUAUUGACCUUUAUUUUCUGUUCUCCCUCAAAAUAGGUUGGAAACAUUGCUAUUAGUAACCAGAUAUUCGGACUCAGCCAGUCCGAGCCCGGCUCUUUCCUGUACUACUCUCCAUUCGAUGGGAUCUUGGGUUUGGCUUUCCCAAGCUUGGCAUCUUCUCAGGCUACACCAGUCUUUGACAACAUGUGGAGUCAAGGCCUCAUUCCUCAGGACCUCUUCUCUGUUUAUCUUAGCUCGUGAGUUUGUAACCAUGAAAUAUAACAUAGAUAUUGCACUACACAGUUAAAUUCCAAUGUGGUAGGUUUAUGAAAAUACGUGAAGUUUAGUAAUUUUUCAGCUAAAAUACUCAUUCACAAACUAGACCUUCAUGACCAUACAAGGUAAUUUAGAGAUUUCUCAAUUAUGUUGGAGAGCAUUCUGAAAGUAAGCAAUAUAUAAUAAAUACAUAUUACAAUGAAUAUAAAGUUACAGUAUUAUAUCAUGAACUUUAGAUACAAGCAGCAGAGUAAAAUUACUUAAAAACAAGAAAAACUGGCUACUCUGAUCAUCUCCUUGGACCUGUCUCUGGUCGGCCCUGCAGCCCACUGAGUUUAUCCUCUCUAGGCAUAGGUUGUCAUUCUGUUAAAUCUUGUAUUUAAGCAUACAUUAAGCUCCUUAGCUCUUAAAAGUUGCCAUACCGAUUACUAUUGGGUACUUACUACCAGCUUCCUUUUUUUAUGAUUUGCUAGUCUCCGUUUUUAUCCGUUAAUACUUGUUUGACACUGCCUAGCAUGAAUACUGCCUGGCAUAGAUACUAAAAAUGUCACCAUACCUAUGUACUGGCGGUCUUUCUAGCCAGGGCUUUGAUAAUCUUGCAGAAUUGCUUGGAUUCUCUUGUAAUUUCCUUACAAUGGCCUUAGCAUAAGCAACAACAUACUCUUGUUUAGUACACUAUCAAAAUGAGUGCUCUUCUUGACAUGCAUAACAUGCUUGCUAUUAUUUUUGCUCAAUAUUUUACUCAUGUCUAUAUUUCUUGCCUCUUAAAUGAUUUAUACAAAAAAAAAAUGCAGGUCUCUUAACAUGACCUGUUAUGUAUAUGCAAUUUACCUUCUCAUAUAAACUAUUAAUGUCAUGUUAUUAACUUCUUGUGUUCCUUUUCUAUGCACUACUAAAAUUAAAAAUUAUUAAAAAAAAUAAAAUAAAAAUAGAAUUCUUCGUUUUUGUCUUAAGCUGUCUCUGGAAGCUCAAGUGUGUAUUUAAUUAACCCCUUAAGGACACAUUACAUGUGUGACAUGUCAUGAUUCCCUUUUAUUCCAUAAGUUUGGUCCUUAAGGGGUUAAAAAGACAAAUGUUUUUAAGUAGAAGAUAAAAUACAGCAUUAAAUAGUUUAAAUCAUGGUAUUACAUAAGGAUUCCAUAUUUUUUCCUUCAGUAAUGGGCAGAGUGGCAGCUUCGUUCUCUUUGGUGGGGUGGACACCUCUUACUACAGCGGAAGCUUGAACUGGAUCCCUCUGACAGCUGAAACCUACUGGCAGAUCACAGUUGACAGGUAAGUAAAGCAUUGUUCACAGUAAGGGUAUUGAGAAAAAUACAUUUUGAAAGGUUGCACAGGAAUGGUUAUUAGUGCAACCUUGCACAAAACAUUUGUCAUAUAGAGUGCCAUUUAACGGUUUCAGUACUGAUAUACAUGUGUCCAAAAAACUUGUGAUACUGUUAUUUAAGGAAUUCACUGAAUGUGCAACAAAUUCUGCAAUGUAACAGUGUAGAAUACCUUUUCCUGCUGAUGGGUACAGCAAUACAACGCAAAAGAUUAGGCACAUUCUCUUACAUAGAGAUAAAGGUAACUUCUCAAGUCACGUUAUGCUUAAGAACAUGUUAUUUAUAAUGUUCUUAUGAUGUACUGCACACAAAUCAGAUAGAAAAUAUCUGAACCAUGUUUUCUCUCCGUUAAUGAUCUUAGCAGAAGCUCUUUUGCAGUCCACCAUCCGCAGACUGCAAAUAAACGUCCAAUGGGAGUUGCAUAGUUCAUAUUAUUAUUGGUAUUUAUAGAGCGCCAACACAUCCUGCAGAACCUUACAAUUUUAAUAUGGGAAUAACAGCAAAGAAGAUAUUUUGUUUUAUAAAUGUAGGCUGACGUUUCUGAUCCAAAAAGCUUAAUAGGGUUUUUAAGAAACCCAGCAAAUAUCUAUUUAGUGGUCAACUAAUUCAGUAGUCCAGAACAUAGCUAAUAGGCCCUGAAGUCCCUCCAUGCACUAGCUGGCUAAACAAGAUUGAAGGAAAAGUAAUGCAAUAAUUUUCCUCUUUUCUCAGCAUAUCUAUCAAUGGACAAGCCAUUGCAUGCAGUGGCUCCUGCCAAGCCAUUGUUGAUACCGGUACCUCUCUCCUUGCUGGACCUUCAAACCCCAUUGCCAACAUUCAGUACUACAUCGGAGCAACCCAGGACUCCAAUGGGCAGGUACGUUUCACAGUCAGGCUAUUUCUCUUGCAGGUGUCCCACUGUUAGAUUACAGUCAUGUGGGUUAAAAGCAAAAGCCAGCUGUACAUACAAGGAGCAGAUAGCGUAUUUAUCAUUGCCUCUCUCUCUCUCUUUCCCAGUAUGUGAUCAACUGCAACAGCAUUAGCAGCAUGCCAACUAUUGUUUUCACCAUCAAUGGAGUACAGUUCCCACUGCCAGCCAGUGCCUACGUGCGCCAGGUAAACUGAUUCUCAAAGCUAUUAUGAUACUGAAUAGAUAUCUACAGACAAAACCAAACUACUGGUAAUUAGCCAAAUAUAUAGAGGCAUCACUUAACAUGACCAAUACUGGCACAUAUAUAUAACAACUAUAUGAGUUCAUCUGGAGAUUAACCUGGCACAAUGAUAUUUCUGGUGUCAAGAAUUCCCUCAAACUUUGAUAAUCUACACCAUAUUUCUCAAGAGAGACCCAAGAGCUCACCCUAUUGUCCAGUUUUUUGUUUUUUUUAUCCCUAUAUAUGGAAUACAGAAGUAGAUGACCCCUAAAGGUUUGACUAUUGUUGGUCCUGAAGAAUUGAGGGCCACUCAUAUAAAUUACUUUAGCAAUAUUAAAAGAAAAAAAUUUGAAUGUUAGUUUUAGUCAUCUGCUAGUGUUAAAUCCAUCCCCAGUCUGGACAAUAAACAUCAAUAAAUGUACACACUGAUCUCAGUAAUAAUGCAAGAAGUUCAAUGUUGGACAUUUUCCACUAAGUUGUCUAUAUAUGGAUGGCCGUAAUCACACUGCAUAUGACACCGAUAUGAUGUUUGCUUCAGUGUCUAACAUGUAGUUAUUCCCACAGAACCAGCAAGGAUGCACCAGUGGAUUCCAAUCCAUGAACCUCCCGACCAGCUCAGGAGACUUGUGGAUUCUGGGAGAUGUAUUUAUUCGUGAAUACUAUGUGGUGUUUGACAGAGCCAAUAACUACGUGGCAAUGGCUCCUCUUGCCUAA